GACUGACAAUGUGCAUGAUUUCCAAAACUGGAUGCCACCCACCCAAAUCAGAGACCCUACUGCACAUGCAUUUCUGAUCUUCUCCAAGCAGUGAAAGGAAGAUACCACUACUGAAUAGCCUUACCGAAGGAUCCCUCAACAUUUUCCACCGUCGUUGUGCUAUACGGUGACCCUGAGAACUGUCCCUCCAAUAUUUAGAACAUGGAAUCCAAAGUGUCAGAAGGGGGUUUAAAUGUGACUUUGACAAUUCGUCUUCUAAUGCACGGAAAGGAAGUUGGAAGCAUAAUUGGAAAGAAAGGAGAAACUGUAAAGAAAAUGAGGGAAGAGAGUGGAGCUCGAAUUAACAUUUCAGAAGGGAAUUGUCCAGAAAGGAUUGUUACAAUAACUGGACCAACAGAUGCUAUAUUCAAGGCCUUUGCUAUGAUUGCUUAUAAAUUUGAAGAGGAUAUCAUAAAUUCAAUGAGUAACAGUACCGCAACCAGCAAACCCCCUGUCACUUUAAGGCUUGUGGUACCGGCAAGCCAGUGUGGCUCCUUGAUUGGAAAAGGAGGCUCCAAGAUCAAGGAGAUCAGAGAGUCUACAGGUGCUCAAGUGCAGGUAGCGGGAGAUAUGCUGCCCAACUCCACAGAGAGGGCAGUAACCAUUUCGGGCACCCCUGAUGCCAUUAUCCAGUGCGUCAAGCAGAUUUGUGUGGUGAUGCUGGAGUCCCCACCAAAAGGUGCCACAAUCCCUUACCGUCCAAAACCCGCCUCCGCCCCUGUCAUUUUUGCAGGUGGUCAGGUAAGAGCGGACCAGCUGGGUGCCUCCACUGCCAACCUCAGCCUAUUGCUGCAGCACCAGCCUCUGCCCGCCUACUCCAUCCAAGGACAGUACGCAAUCCCUCACCCUGAUCAGUUGACCAAGCUCCACCAGUUGGCCAUGCAGCAAACCCCCUUUACUCCCCUCGGACAGACCACCCCUGCUUUCCCUGGAGAAAAGCUGCCCUUACAUUCCUCUGAAGAAGCUCAAAACUUGAUGGGACAGUCCACAGGUAUGGAUGCCAGUCCCCAGGCAAGUACUCAUGAACUCACCAUACCAAAUGAUCUAAUAGGUUGCAUCAUCGGACGCCAAGGGACCAAAAUCAAUGAAAUUCGACAGAUGUCUGGAGCACAAAUCAAAAUUGCCAGUGCCAUGGAGGGGUCAGCAGAGCGCCAGAUCACCAUCACUGGGAGUCCAGCUAACAUCAGCCUCGCUCAGUACCUCAUAAACGCCAGGUUCCUGCAGCUGCAUUACGCCCUUGAUUCAGAAUUUGAAUUGGUUCAGCUCCACCCAGAGAUGAUUUCGAAACUCUACUAAAUGGCUCUCUGGCCAAACAUAAAUGCUAAUAUGCCAUUUAGGCUAACGUCUGAGGUUACUGGGAUGGGCACUCUGUAAUUUCCUCAUAUUCUGACCCUUCUGGUUACUGCCAACAAAUGUCCUCAAGAAUUUUGACUCUCACUGCAGACCAGGACUUGCCAAAGCUGCUCAUGGGACAUUUUGAGUGAAUGCAUGUAUUUCCAGCAGAUAACUCAGUAGAUACAUAGAAACCCAGCCAUCAUAUUCAACAGUUCACUUCAUCAUAUACAAGCCAAUAUAUAAACCUAUCUAUCUAUCUAUCUAUCUAUCUAUCUAUCUAUCUAUCUAUCUAUCUAUCUAUCUAUCUAUCUA